CAAUGAACAUAGUUUUUCUCUUUUGCUUCCUUCGCGGUCAGACAGGCUUUACUGCCCACAUUUGACUAUUUCGUAGCAAAAACGUUAAGAAACGGGAUUCAGAAAAAAAUAAUUCCUCAUAUAAUAAUGAUGAAGACGUCAGAGGAGGACCUGUAGGAGGAGAAAACCUGACAGUUAAAGGAGGUCGAGCCGUUAAAGCGUGGAUAUGGGGCUGAGCUGUUAGAAAAAAAGCGCACCCUCCAAAGUUGACUGACUCGUCGUUGAAGAUAGGAUUCCGCCCACAAGAAAGAUGGCGGCUCCCUUGCUGGAGAAAUUGUCGGAGUCUUUAGGUUCGCCGGAGACAGCGAUUCGCCUCAUCUUAUCGGUUUUAAUCGGGUAUCCCUUCGCCCUGGUGUAUCGUUGGUUCCUUUUCUACCAGCCCGCCACAGUUAUCCACUUGUUCCACAUUUGUUCUGGCUUGGCGCUAGCAGCAUUCAACUUUGGCUCCCAGCUGUAUCACUCCGCACUAUGCGUCUUCGUCCAGUUUCUGAUGCUGAGGCUCAUGGGGAGGACGGUAACAGGCGUCCUGAGCAGUUUUACAUUUCAAAUGCUGUACCUGAUGGCAGGAUACUACUACACAGCAACAGAGGAGUAUGACAUCAAGUGGACGAUGCCUCAUUGUGUCCUUACACUGAAACUCAUUGGUUUGGCAUUUGAUUUCUACGAUGGUGGCAAAGAACCAUCACAGCUGAGCGCUGAUCAGGUGAAAGCCGCUCUGCCGUCAGUGCCCUCGCUGCUCGAGGUCUUCGGGUUUUCCUACUUCUACGGAGGGUUCCUGGUGGGUCCCCAGUUCACGAUGCGCAGCUACCAGAAGCUGGUGUCGAGGGAGCUCACCGACUGCCCUGGAAAGCCUCCCAACAGUGUUGUUCCAGCUCUGAAGAGGUUUGCUCUGGGCUUUCUCUGCCUAGCGAUAUAUGCAAUAUUUAGUCCUUAUUUUCCAGACACCUACCUUUUGACAGAUGAGUACGAGGCUCAGCCUUUCUGGUAUCGCUGUGUUUUUAUUCUGCUUUGGGGCAAAUUUAUGCUGUAUAAAUACGUCAGCUGUUGGGUUAUAGCGGAGGGUGUUUGUAUAUUAGCUGGUCUUGGCUACAACGGCGUAGUCGAUGGUAAACAUCAAUGGGACGCUUGUGCCAAUAUGAAGGUGUGGCUCUUUGAGACGACGCCCCUUUUUGGAGGAACAAUUGCGUCUUUCAACAUCAACACAAACGCCUGGGCUGCAAGACAUGUGUUCAAGCGGUUGAAGUUCCUGGGAAAUAAGACUUUGUCUCAUGUGGCCACGCUGUUCUUCUUAACCAUUUGGCACGGCCUUCACUCUGGAUACAUCCUGUGCUUCUCCAUGGAGUUUUUCAUCAUCACUGUAGAGCGGCAGGCCCAGGCUCUAGUGCUGGACAGUCCCCUGCUGACAAACCUGGCCAACAGCCACCUCUACCCCCUCGUCUACGUAGUUCAGCAGUUUAUCCACUGGCUCUUCAUGGGGUAUCCUCUGGUGCCAUUCUGCCUUUUCACCUAUGACAAAUGGCUCAAGGUGUAUUCUUCUGUCUAUUUCUGUGGUCACCUGUUCUUCCUCGUGGCUUAUUUAAUUCUGCCAUUCCUCCGUGUAACUCUGGUGCCUAAGAAAGACCAGAGAGAGAAGAAACGAGACUGAAACCCGGUUCUGACACCUGGAAAGGUCCGCUCAAGGCUGAAACUCCUCGACCCUGGAAGGGAACCGUGGCGUUCGGGGAGCAGAACACAGACUAUUUUAAGGCCUUUAAUAAUAUAUAAAUAUGAAUAUAUGUUGAUGUAAAAAUAAAUUUCUAUAUAUUUUUGUGUUUUUAAGUGGGAGGGAUGGUUUUUAUAAACAUUUUGAGAAAAUGUUUACAGGAAAUUACCAUUGUGCCACACGGGGUAAUUGUGAACCAAUCAGGGGCCGUUUCCUGCUUGUUUAUCAUUAUCACUUUCUUCUUUUUUUGUGGAAAUUUUUAAGACUUGUGGAACUGAAGAGACUUUUCAUGCUGUCGACACAGGAUUGCACUUAUGAGUCACAGGUGCUGUUUUUAGGCUCCUGUGUUUUUGUUGUUUCGUCGCCCCGUGUCUGGCGCUCGCAUUCAGCAGCAGCACUAAAACCAAACAGAAGGUUUAAGCACAGUGCCACCAUUUAUAUAUGAAUAUAAAUGUAUGUAUACAUAGUGGUAGUGGUUAUACAAGCACUGUAAAAUCACACACUGUACAACUAAAACCCGACUCUAAAUGGCCUUGAUUCAAUGAAUGUUUGUUCUGGAUUUAAUUUGAUUUGCAAUUGAAAAAUUGAUAUAUAUAUAUAUAUAUAUAUAUAUACAAGGUUUUAUGAACAUGAACAUUUCUUGGUUGGUUGUUUUUUUCUAUAAGAUGCAUAAUUUUCCUGCCUUUCAGCUAAACCUCACUUUUAAAUGCACAAAUGUGAAAGUGAAUCACACUGAGUGGUGUUGGUCUCUCUGUCCACUCCGAUCUGUGCGAUUAGGGGCCAUGCGCUGUGUUUUUUUUAUUUUAUUUUAAUAUUAUUAAACACGCGGUGGCUAUGAUUUCCGCUACAGCCUGCCCCGGUGUUUCUAACAGCAGGUUGUAAUUAAUCAGAGUGAAAGAUCAGAACCCAAAUGCCUCGUUGUAAUGUGUACAUUUCUGGGUAAGGGUGAAAUUUGCUGCUGCCGCCGCCGUCCUUUCGCAGACUCGAGGACAAACCUCACUGUAGCAACGGCCCAGAUUCCAGUAAUAUUUAUACAGAACAUGCUGAUUAUUAAUUGAUGACUUGCUAUUUCAAGAGGCUUGGUUUUUUUGCCUUAUCUGAGGAAAAUGUGCAAAAAAACAUUGGGAUGUGAGAGGUGGAUGUGAUUUGAAAUAUACUUUUGUAAUGUUUAAUAAAAUGCUGCAUUUUAAG